GCGUGUGCCUUCUAAGAACCGUAGCUGCCGGUACAGAUGAUGCUGGUGACCUUGAUGUUGCGGGAAAACUAAGAUAAUGAAUGUGUCUGGUAGCAUCUGUAUAUAGUGCGAAUAGUAUGCAUAUUUUAGUGAUUCAGACACUGUGUGAAAUUGCUGGCUUUCAUUAUUGUUAGUAGCAAAAGAGGUAGUGGAAGUAGAUCGUUCCGAAGGAAGGUUGAUUGUGAAGAAAACGACAAUGCAGCAAGAUGAUGAUCGCUGAUAACGUCCUGAGAGAAAAUAGUUAAACGGUUUCAGUUAACAGCAUCUAUAGUGUUUGUGAAAAAAUGCUGUGAAGUGAUAGUUUCAUAAAUUUGGUCUAUUCAGGUUGUGUCGAAAUCAUCAUUAUUUUUAUCGUAAUUUUUGCAAUGCAGAACAAAAGGUGAUAAGAAGUGCCAAGCAGAUUUGCAAUUAUACAAUAGUGUACAGAUAAGUGUUAUAAUCCGGUAGAAGUAUUCAAUAAGUCUCAGCAGAAGUCCCAAGUGAGUCGUGCUGAUCAAAGUGCUUCCAAAAUGACCCUUCCAGACACGAUGAACCCCAGUCCGGAGAUGGUCAACGAUCUGCGUCGACAGUUUCAGCAGAAGAUGGAGAAGAGCGCGGCGAAGAUUCCCCCCGGAGGAUUCCAUGAAAAUGACCUGAACAGAAUAUUCGCUAAUGACGUGUGGCUAACCAAGUUCCUGGAAAACAAUGAUCUCGAUAUGAAAGAAUCACUGAAGCAGCUAUGGGAAACCUGCAUUUGGAGGAAAACGGCCAAUAUCAAUGAGAUCUGCGAGGACAAUAUCCGCAUGGACUACGUUCACGAAGGUAUGAUGUUUCCCCGGGGGAAAGACAUUGACGGAAAGACCCUGUUCAUCUACCGAUCGCGGCUUUACACCAGAGGUUCACGAAAUCUAGACGACAUGAAACGGGUAUUUCUGUACUGGCUUGAACGGUUGAUCCGCGAAGCCAACGAUGACUACCUCACGUUUAUGUUCGAGCUUACCGAUGCGGGUCUGAGCAAUGUCGAUAUGGACUACACCAGAUACAUCAUAACAACACUCAAAAACUACUAUCCAUAUUCGUUAAACUACAUUCUAGUGUAUGAUUUGCCAUGGAUACUUAAUGCGACCUUUCACAUUAUCAAGAAAUUGCUACCUGCUAAGGCUGUAGAUAGACUUAAAAAUAUCAACAACAAAUCCAUCCGGGACUACGUCAGUGAAGAGAGUUUACUUGUACCAUGGGGCGGAAUGGAUGACUACGAGUUUAAAUUUGUUCCGGAAAAGAAAAACCUCCAGCUGCCAUUAGAGAACAACAAUUCAAUUAUCCAUAACAACAACAACACCCUUAAAAAGGUUCAUUUCGCUAAUCUUAGUCCGACGGAGUCUCCGAUGAACGAAUCGUCCAACUCGAACUUUGAAAACGUAGACGGCGAAAUGUUACGAAUAAUUCCACAGUCCACAAUCGCGUUCACCAAGUCCGGCAACGAACUGCACGGCAAUGUAGAGAUUAUCAACAUUGAUACCAAAGCAGUUACAUAUAAGAUCAAAACUACAGCGCCGGAAAAAUUCCGAGUACGGCCUAGCACCGGUGUCCUAUCACCAGGUGGCAGCGUUACCAUUAAUGUGGUGCUACAGCAGGGUCAACAAGUAACCACAUUAGGCCGGGAGAAAUUUCUAGUGAUGUGUAUGGCAUUAGGCAACGAUUUGUCCACCAACACACACGACCUUGCGGAACUGUGGAAGAAUACAGCAGCAAACAGCGCCUCUGUUGAGCAGCACAGGCUGAAAUGUUCUCUGCCGACCAAUCUGGACGAUGGUAGCAUGCGCAACGGAAUGCCCGCUUACGGUGGUGCCGGAGGUGAUAUGUAUGGCUCGGGUGCCGGAUACUCGGGCAACGGAGCUGACAAGCAAUUUUCGCAUUUCCAACAAGCCGUUUCGCAACUCAGGGAUUCGAACCAACGGCUGGAGUCGCAGGUGAAGUUCAACCAGACGCUGCAGUGGAUUUCACUUGCGCUAUUUCUUCUGCUAUCGGUGGCGAUCGUGUACAUUCUGAAGAUCGAAAUUAAAAACAGUACAUCGCAGUACUGUUUAAGGGAAUAAGUUAGAAUGCAAUACAUGACAAAAUGAAACCGAAACAACCGUCUCUGUUAGACUUUUUUUCGGUUUGUCCGAGUCGUGUAUGGCACGAGUUUAUUAUUUCGGUGUAUUUAGAGUAACUUAUCCUAUCUCCAGUUGUCAAAUUUUCAUUUACACUUUAUGUUAAAUUAAGUUUUUCAGCCAUUUUCAUUUCUAAUUGUACUACUAAGUAUAAUUACUUGUUUUUGUUUUCGGAUAGUGGUAAUUUUGAAAAGCGCGGUUAUGACGUUAUGUGUACAAAAUUCACUGAUGGCUUUUAAUUUAAUACUUUUAGUAGUAGAAUUAUGCAUCUGUGUAGAUUAAACAACAUGUAUUAUUUGAUACAAGAAUAAUAAGCUGUUGCAUGACAAUCA